UGCACAAUGAAACUUUUGCAUACAUCUUUCCUGGCCCUGGCGGCCAUUUUGAUGGUCAGUGGUUUUCCCAGAGCUACGUCGGCGUGCAGCUUUGGUCGAGGCACACGAGUUCAAGGUGAUUAUUUGCUGCACACAAUCACGGUUACGAAACGGGCCAGCCAAGGCCCGGAAAAUCUGGAAGUGUUACUGGACUACAAGACCAGCCCGCUGCUGAACCAAGAGAUUACGUACGGAGGUGUAGACGCUCCGUCGCUAUCUUCGUGCUCGUUUUCAUUUCCCGGAGGUGAAACCAAAACACACUUCAUGGCGACGUUGCGCAGUCAGCAACCUAUCACGGAGAUGACCGUCACUUUGAGUGUGUACGGAUUCAACUGGGCAUGAUGGC